AGAAUUAGGUUAGGCUACAUGUAACUGGCACUCCAUGAAAUAAGCCACCUGUGUGCGCCAUUGGAGUGCGCUGUAACUCAAGACCGGAAGUUUCCCUCCCACUCCCCGGAAGUUCAACAGAACUAUUUCUGUUGCUAGAGGGACUGAUGAAAAUGGCGGCGUCUCGUCGCUCAUCCCAGCAGCAACAAUCAAACCUUUCAUCCCCACCGCGACCCUCUACACAUACUCUAACUCCUCCGGGAUCACCCCCAGUGUCCGGAGGGUCGACAGCAUCGCCUGUGGUUGGGUCUGAGCAAGAGAGUGUCGUUGAUCCGGAGAUAACUCCGGUCUCCCCCGACCUCCCUGCUCCGGCCCUGAGCAGUAGCAGCUCUACUAGCUCAUCCACAGCUGGCGGUAGCAGCAGUGGCUCCAGUCCGGAUUCAGGCAGCACCAGCCCUGGAAGCGGCGGCUGUGGGACCAGUGGAGCCUUUCGGGAGCUUUUUGAGGCCUGCCGCAAUGGGGACGUAUCACGGGUGAAGAGACUGGUGGAUACGGUUAAUGUGAACGCUAAAGACAUGGCUGGUCGUAAAUCGACCCCGCUACAUUUUGCUGCAGGUUUUGGGAGGAAGGACGUGGUGGAGCAUCUCCUUCAGACUGGGGCAAACGUCCAUGCCCGUGAUGAUGGUGGUUUAAUUCCUUUGCAUAAUGCCUGCUCUUUUGGCCACGCUGAGGUUGUCAGUCUGCUGUUAUGCCAAGGAGCUGACCCAAAUGCUCGUGAUAAUUGGAACUACACACCGCUGCACGAGGCAGCCAUCAAGGGCAAAAUUGAUGUGUGCAUUGUACUGCUCCAGCACGGCGCCGACCCCAACAUCCGCAACACCGACGGCAAGUCGGCGCUGGACCUGGCCGAGCCGUCCGCCAAGGCCGUCCUCACCGGCGAAUACAAGAAGGACGAACUCCUGGAAGCCGCUAGGAGCGGCAAUGAAGAGAAGCUCAUGGCACUGCUCACGCCCCUCAACGUCAACUGCCACGCCAGUGACGGCCGCAAGUCCACACCACUGCAUCUAGCAGCUGGCUACAAUCGCGUGAGGAUAGUGCAGCUCCUUCUGCAGCACGGCGCAGACGUUCAUGCCAAGGACAAAGGUGGCCUCGUCCCUCUUCACAACGCCUGUUCCUAUGGCCAUUAUGAGGUCACCGAGCUUCUGCUGAAGCACGGCGCGUGUGUGAACGCCAUGGACCUGUGGCAGUUCACGCCGCUGCACGAGGCGGCGUCCAAGAACCGCGUGGAGGUGUGCUCCCUGCUGCUGAGCCACGGGGCCGACCCCACGCUGGUCAACUGCCACGGGAAGAGCGCCGUCGACAUGGCCCCCACCCCCGAGCUCAAGGAGAGGCUCACAUACGAGUUUAAGGGCCACUCUCUGCUCCAGGCGGCGCGGGAGGCUGACAUGGCGAAGGUGAAGAAGACCUUGGCCCUGGAGAUCAUCAACUUCAAGCACCCGCAGACCCACGAGACGGCCCUGCACUGUGCGGUGGCGUCGCCUCACCCCAAACGCAAGCAAGUCACCGAGCUACUGCUGCGCAAGGGAGCCAACGUCAACGAGAAGAACAAAGAUUUCAUGAUGGCGCUUCACGUCGCGGCAGAGAGGGCGCACAAUGACAUCGUAGAGGUGCUGCAGAAACACGGGGCCAAGAUGAACGCCGUGGACACGCUGGGCCAGACGGCGCUGCACCGGGCGGCGCUGGCCGGUCACCUGCAGACGUGUCGGCUGUUGCUAAGCUACGGGGCCGACCCGGCCAUCGUCUCGCUGCAGGGCUUCACCGCCGCCCAGAUGGGCAACGAGGCCGUGCAGCAGAUCCUCAACGAAAACAUUCCUGUGAGAAACUCAGAUGUUGACUACCGGCUCCUGGAGGCGGCAAAAGCAGGAGACCUGGACACUGUGAAGCAACUGUGCUCGCCCCAGAAUGUGAACUGCCGGGAUCUGGAGGGCCGACAUUCCACGCCGCUGCACUUUGCCGCCGGCUACAACCGUGUGUCCGUGGUGGAGUACCUGCUGCAUCACGGCGCCGACGUCCACGCUAAAGACAAAGGGGGCCUGGUGCCGCUGCACAACGCCUGCUCUUACGGCCACUACGAGGUGGCGGAGCUGCUGGUGCGCCACGGGGCGUCGGUGAACGUGGCCGACCUGUGGAAGUUCACCCCGCUGCACGAGGCCGCCGCCAAGGGCAAGUACGAGAUCUGCAAGCUGCUGCUCAAGCACGGCGCGGACCCCACCAAGAAGAACCGUGACGGCAACACGCCGCUGGACAUGGUGAAGGAGGGCGACACGGACAUCCAGGACCUGCUGCGCGGCGACGCCGCCCUGCUGGACGCGGCCAAGAAGGGCUGCCUGGCGCGCGUGCAGAAGCUCUGCAGCCCCGACAACAUCAACUGCAGGGACACGCAGGGACGCAACUCCACGCCGCUGCACCUGGCCGCUGGUUACAAUAACCUGGAGGUGGCAGAGUAUCUACUAGAGCAUGGAGCAGAUGUCAACGCCCAGGACAAGGGUGGACUGAUACCCCUACACAACGCAGCGUCAUAUGGGCAUGUGGACAUUGCGGCGCUGCUGAUCAAGUACAACACGUGCGUGAACGCGACGGACAAGUGGGCCUUCACGCCGCUGCACGAGGCGGCCCAGAAGGGCCGGACCCAGCUGUGCGCCCUGCUCCUGGCCCACGGCGCCGACCCCACCAUGAAGAACCAGGAGGGACAGACGCCGCUCGACCUCGCCACGGCUGAUGACAUCAGGGCCCUGCUGAUCGACGCCAUGCCGCCGGACGCGCUGCCCACCUGCUUAAAGCAGCAGGCCACCGUGGUGAGCGCCGCCGUCAUCUCGCCGGCCUCCACGCCCUCGUGCCUCUCCGCCGCCAGCAGCAUCGACAACCUGGCCGGCCCUCUGGCCGAGCUGGCGCCGCCCGGAGCCUCAGGGCCCGCCGACGGGGCCACCGGGACGGACCGGAAGGAAGGAGAGAUCACCAUCCUGGACAUGAACAUCAGCCAGUUCCUGAAGAGCCUGGGCCUGGAGCACUUGCGGGACAUCUUUGAGCGUGAGCAGAUCACGCUGGAUGUGCUGGCGGACAUGGGUCACGAGGAGCUGAAGGAGAUCGGCAUCAACGCCUACGGCCACCGGCACAAACUCAUCAAGGGCAUCGAGAGGCUGCUGGGCGGACAGCAAGGUGGCAACCCCUACCUGACAUUCCACUGCGCCAGUCAGGGUACAGUACUCAUAGACCUGGCCACCGACGACAAGGAGUUCCAGUCCGUGGAGGAGGAGCUGCAGAGCACCAUCCGAGAGCACAGAGACGGAGGCAACGCAGGUGGAGUCUUCAGCAGGUACAACAUCAUCAAGAUACAGAAGGUGGUGAACAAGAAGCUUCGGGAGCGCUACGCACACAGACAGAAAGAGAUUGCCGACGAGAACCACAAUCACCACAACGAGCGGAUGCUCUUCCACGGCUCUCCGUUCAUCAACGCCAUCAUCCACAAGGGCUUCGAUGAGAGGCACGCCUACAUCGGCGGCAUGUUCGGCGCCGGCAUCUACUUUGCCGAGAACUCGUCCAAGAGCAAUCAGUACGUGUACGGCAUCGGGGGCGGCACGGGUUGCCCCACCCACAAAGACCGCUCCUGUUACAUUUGCCACAGACAAAUGCUGUUCUGCCGGGUCACACUGGGCAAGUCCUUCCUCCAGUUCAGUGCCAUGAAGAUGGCCCACGCACCCCCCGGCCAUCACUCGGUCAUCGGGAGGCCCAGCGUCAAUGGUCUGGCCUACGCCGAGUACGUCAUCUACCGGGGAGAGCAGGCAUACCCAGAGUACCUGAUCACAUACCAGAUCCUGAAGCCGGAGAGUACAACGCCACCGACAGCCGCUGGGGAGCAGAAGUCCUAGUGCCCGUCCUCCUCUCCCUCCUGUUCUCCCCCCCCACGACCCCCACCCCCCGCUCAGGCCUCAUGGAGGCCAGUUAGACUGUUACCCAGCACCCCCCGCCCCCCCUACUUCACAAGCAUUCUGGCCUAUAUUGUUGCCUCACCAAGCUCACACAUACACACACACACACACUCUCAUUCUCACCAGUUCUCUAGGGAUAGUUCCCGUCAUCCUCUUGAUUUUUUUUUUUUUUUUUUUUUUAAAUUACAUUUCAGAAACACUCAUCACACGUGUAAUGCUAAUGCUCUCUUUCCCUGGACUGAUGUUUUUAUUUAUCAAGUGGAUGUUUUAUUUUUAUUUUUAUUUUUUUUCCCUUGGUGAGUUUGUUUACAUGAAAGUGUUGCCUUCACCAGCCAAGCUCUCCCAAUCCUCCCCACAGCUUACUCCGAUUGGCCAAUUCAGUGUUCCUAAGAGAGUGCCCCCCUUCUCUCCAACAUGCCUUGCCCUUUAGGGUCAUAGGUCGGAGUUGGGGGGUGUAGCGGGGUAGUUCUUGGGGUCGGAGGGGGCAAGGAGGAAGGGUUUGUUUGGUUGGAGCAGCUUCAAAGGCUGCUGGAGUCUCUGCAGGAUCUCUUUGAAUGAGAAAGGAAGAUGAGACAACCAAGUAACCUCUGCCCAGCCCAACUUCAAAUACGUCAAAACUCCAUCAGAGCCUAAAAACUAGGUCAUCCCACCCUCACUAUUAAACAUGCAUCAUGAUGUCAGCCACUUGUAAAUCAUGACUGAUAUGUCUUUGUUCAAUUACUGUCACCAAUUUGUUUUUUUCAAAGAAAACUCUUAGACACACUAACAUAUGGACCAUGGCAUCAUGUAAUCAACAGGGGACCCAGUUGCUCAGUUUUACCUAUUUUGUUGCCUCUCUUCUCCUCUGUGAUGUCCAGUGAACCUUUGUGAACCUCGACUCGUGUUGUAACUUGUUUUUUCCCCCUUUCCUAAUGAAUUGUACUGAAAGCCUUAGAUGGGGUUCCCAAUGGCUCACAGAGAGAAGAUGUCUGAUAGACGUGUGUAUAUUUACUAGAGGGGGUCUGAAGAAUCAAGCUUUGAAUUGUAUAUUAUUAUUUUUUUUUUCUUUCUUUCUUUUGCACAGGAUUUAAAACCUAAAAAGAACAUCUGAACUUUUCAUAACCCAUAACUGGUUCACCUUGACCCAUUUUGCUCACCUUUGUAAAAGAAUUUGCACUUUCAGAUGGGAAUGAUUUAAUAUCAUUCAAUAAUCAUUUUUAAAGUUAACCUUUUGAGAGAGAUAGAGAAAAGAAAAUACAUUAAUUAUCCAGUUAUGUGUACAGGUCGUGAUAAUGGACUAAGGCCUUUCUUAAGAAGCUUUGGAUGUUGUUUCCCUAAUGAAGAGAGUGGGUUUUUAUUAGUACUGUAAGUAAUAACAGCGGUUUCCUUUGUAAUUUUCAUUCAUUAUUUUUUUUUCUCUCUUCUGAAGGAAACCGUGCGGGUGGUUGAACUUUUUGGUUUCCUCUUUAUUGUUUUUAAAUUGGAUUUGUUCACAUAAAGGAGAUGAUUUGUCUCUGCCUCAGUCAUUCCAGCGCAGAUACUCUGGAGUAAAGGUGAUAUACUGACAGGUUUUUGUUUUUCUGGAGUUAACUUCGAUAAUGUUGAAACACUACUGAUACAACAGCAGCUCAGUCCUCAGAGGAACGCCGCGCUGAACUGUGGAAAUCGAGAGGAGACCCAAGGGGAUGAGAGGAGGUCACUGGCCUGAAGCUCAACACCCUUCUUCCAAGCAGGCCAAUGGUGGUGGCACUAAAGCUCUGUCUGUUCUGUUUAAACUUGUUUUUGUUUAGGUGGGGUGAAAGGGUGUCUCGGUUUCGUGUCACUUUAGGUGUUUUAUCCCAGUGUCAUUGCCACACGUUGCCACACUUUGACGCAUUUGUACAGGCAAACAUUUGUUCCUCCCACCGUUCCUGCUCAACUCUGUUGAACAUUCCCUCCCUUACCCCUGGCGCUCAGGUCCCAGAAUGCUCUUCUCUUCACAGCUCGGGGAGCACAGACGACCCCAGGGUCGUUGCAGGGCCUCUUAAAUUGUCGACAUCAACGGAGGUUCUCGAUUGCACCUCCCUUCUCCCCGCUCCUCUCCUCCCCUCCACCACAAGGAGAGAGAAUUAAUCUCCUCCGCCUUCCACCGAACUGCUAUUUUUUCUCUUUCUUGUGUUUAUUUGCAUUUUUUCUUUAUUUUUUUUCUGUGUACUACAUACUGAUUGUGGUCCAUUUGCCACAUACACACAAAGACAUAAACCUGAUAAACACUCCAGUAAUGUAAAUCAGUCUUAAUAAAGUACAGAUGUCUCAUGGAAA